AUCUUAACGGUAGGUGGCGCAAAUCCCUACAGAUGGCUAAAAGUACACAACACGAAAUAUGCAUCGAUAGAAAGUAAACAAUGUGGUGAUUAAAAUUAAUUUCAGAGAGAAGGGUGAAAGCCAGUGAGUAUUUGAAAAAGAUGACGACACUCUCACCAUUUCACGUGACUCCUCCUAUUGUUAAAACACUACUAGGUUGGAAGAAAGGGGAUAGCUCCGAAGUUGAUAAAUGGUCAGAAAAAGCUGUAAAAAGUUUAGUGAAAAAACUGAAAAAGACAGGUGGACUUGACGAACUGAAGAAAGCCAUAAGUACACAGGACACAUCUACAAAGUGCAUUACUAUUCCAAGUUCGGAUUUCAGGUCACUGGAUGGCCGCCUGCAAGUGUCCCACAGAAAAGGCUUGCCCCAUGUGAUAUACUGUCGUCUGUGGCGGUGGCCUGACCUCCAGAACCACCAAGAACUGAGGGCUAUCGAAUCAUGUGAGUGGGCGUUUCACAUGAAGCGAGAGGAAGUUUGUGUUAAUCCUUACCAUUAUACAAGGAUUGAGCCUCCAGUCCUGCCGCCUGUGCUGGUCCCUAGACAUACAGAGGUACCAGACAAGAUGCCACAGCUUGAAAAUUAUGCCAUGACAGUUCCCGAAAACACAGACUUUCCCACUGGAAAUAAUGAGAUUUUCAAUCUUCCAGAGACUCCGCCCCCCGGCUACAUCAGUGAGGAUGGAGACACCACUGACAACCAGGGCAUGGAUAGUGUUGAUGUUAAUUCGCCCAGUCCACCAAUGGAUGCUGAGCCAGUGUCCUACAUAGAUCCUCCCUACUGGUGCUCUAUUGCAUACUAUGAAUUGAAUAAUCGUGUUGGGGAGACCUUUCAUGCUUCUCAGCCAUCAUUGACAGUGGAUGGAUUUACAGACCCAUCAAAUUCAGAGCGCUUCUGUCUUGGACUUCUGUCCAACAUCAACAGGACACAGCAGGUGGAAAUGACACGACGUCACAUAGGUAAAGGUGUGCGUUUAUACUACAUUGGAGGUGAAGUUUUCGCGGAAUGCCUCAGUGAAAGUGCAGUAUUUGUACAGAGCCCAAACUGUAACCAGCGCUACGGCUGGCACCCGGCAACUGUCUGUAAAAUACCACCAGGUUGUAAUCUCAAGAUUUUCAACAACCAGGAGUUUGCUGCAUUGCUUGCCCAGUCUGUCAAUCAAGGAUUUGAGUCUGUUUUCCAGCUGACCAGAAUGUGUACCAUUCGCAUGAGUUUUGUCAAAGGCUGGGGUGCAGAGUACAGGAGACAGACAGUGACCAGCACUCCCUGCUGGAUUGAGAUUCAUUUGAAUGGUCCCUUGCAGUGGCUUGACAGAGUGCUUGUCCAGAUGGGGUCUCCAGGGCUACCCUGCUCCAGUAUGUCCUAAACAGGUGGCUGAAUAGAGGGUUCAAAAGUUCAACAUAAAUGUCAACACAACCUUUCAUUCAUAAUUUUUUCAAACUGAAAUUUAAAUGAUAUACACUGUAGUGAGCAAGACAUUUAAAACACAUUUAUUGGAAAUGUACUGUUAAAAUCUGAAUUAUUUGUGAAUUUGUAACAAACUUUUCAUGGAUGCUUUUUUUUUCUUUCAUUUUUUAUUUUAGCCCCUUCAUUUUUAGCUUGCCUGAGCCCAAGGCUGAGUGAGCUUUUCUGAAAGAAAUUCAUCCAUUGUCGUCAGCAUCAGUAUUGUAAACUUUUUUUAAAACAAUUUCAUCUUUUUCUCCAGAACCACUUUGCCAAUUUGAUAAAAAAAACAAAAACUUGGCACAUAGUAUCCUUGGAUGAAGGGUAUUCAAGUUCGUAUGAAUAGCCAUGGGGAGAAAGUCAAAUAAGUGCAAGAAAUAGUGUGGGUUCAUAUAAAAAUCGUUUUCCCAAGAACCACUUGGCCAGAAAAGAUUAAACUUCUUGGCAUAAUGAAGAGUUAACUUAAAGUUUGUACAAGUCAAAGCUCCCAGGGUGGGGCCAUAGUUGGGAAUAAAAUUUUCCAUGGCAAUGAAUUAAAGAUAUUUUAAAAAUCAGGAGAAAAUCAUUUAGAAAAUGUAAUUUUCAAGAGGAACAGGACCAGGAUUAGUCCUUAUGAUUUGGAAGCAUCUUCAGGUCGUGUGAUUCAAGUCAUAGGAAAUCAAUGCCCCGGGGAGAGGGUUAGGGCACAAUACAAAGUUUUAUAAAUCAAAUUGUUAGGAUGGGGCUAGAAUUGGGAUCAAAGAAAGUAGAAAGAAAAUUGGAAAAAUCUUCUCCAUAAUGGGAAGACCAUGUUAGUGAUGCGUCCCUAUGUUGUAUGAAUUCAGUGAAGUCGUGACCCUAUGGGGCGAGGGGUAGGGUUGUAAUAUGGGGGAAUUAUUUCGUUAGAAUAAAGAGAAUAACAUUUUUUUUUUAAAAUAACAGAAGGGCCAGUGUGACUCAGGUGAGCAUAUGCCUCUAAUUUAUUUAUGCUUCUUUUCAUUAGUUCUUUACAUGACAUUGAUAAGUUAUGAAUUGUAAUGCCAGUUACAAUUAAUAUAUGUUUAAUCAACAGAUCACAAAUUCAAUUUCUUAAAAGCGUUUUACCAUGUACAUGUAUUUCCAAUGGACAUUUGCAGAUGAGUGAACGUCACUACAUUUAGAGACUAUUGAGGGAUUUUAAGUAUGGUGUACUAUAAGUGUUUAAUUUUUGAGGGGAUGGAUUAUGCUAAUCCAUAUUCUAUAGUAAUGGAGUAAAAACAAAUGGUCUUUGUACACUCAUUAUUUUUUGAGAACUAAGCUGACUAAGGAGAAAGGAGAGGCUAUUAACAGGCAAUGUCUGUUGGAGAAAGGAGAGGCUAAUCCUAUUCAAUUAUUGAUUGAACAAAAUAUUGUUUAAAAACCGAAAGUAAGUUGGUAACAAUAUCAAAAACUAAUGGUCAUUGUGGUUACUUCCAAAUGUCACUAAGAACCUGCUCAACCUUCAUCUUUCCAUUAGUGACACAGUCCUGUUUAAUUUCUGUACUUUCGUUGAUUUAAGGUGGGUUUUUUUGAGUAAGUCUUGUAAAAGGCAUAAUAGUAGAAUUUCUAUUUGCAUAUAUUUUGUCUCCAAUUAGAACUUAUUCAUCAGGAAAUGGUAGGUACCUACUACUACUUAGUGGCAAAUGUGCAUAUUGUUGGGCAUUAUUUUGGUGACCAGGAAACCCACAGCCGAUGUAACAUCUGCCAAGCAUUGUCCACAAUUACAUGUGCAUGAAUUGCAUGAUAAUGUUGAUGGCCUGAAAAAUACAUUUCUUGAAGUCUAUAAAUCUCGACAGGUUUCAUCGACGACCACUACUUAAUAGGGCAGUUUUAGCAUUGGUUUAUCAUUUCUCCCCAUUUGUUGACAUUCAAUACAAAUGAAUUGCUGUAUGUGUGAAAUGGGUUCAAAUUCUUAACAGUCGUGACAGUAACAUCAAACUGGGAGGAUAACAUGUGAUAUGUAGGGUAACAUCUGAACCAUGUAAGAAAGAGACUGUUUUGUGGACUUCAGCUAUGAAAUGUAUGUUCCUUACCAGGCGAAUAAACUGUAAAUUCGUAUAUAUACGCGAGGAAUAAACGGUAAAUUCGUAUAUAUACGCGAGGAAUAAACUGUAAAUUCCUAUAUAUACGCGAGGAAUUUAUUAUCACGUAAAUUGGCAAGAAACAUCACUCAUGAAAUAAAAUUACUCGCUUUUAAUUUUAUAUUGCCAAAUUAUAUGCAAAAACUCUCGAUCAAAAGAGCACUCGCGAAUUUAUGUUCUUACAAUUUGAAGUCUAUGAGUCAUUUCGAGAUAAUAAAUACUUGCAUAAAAUAAGGAAUCUACAGUACCACAGACAAUGUCUAAAAAUGACUGUGCACUUUUUCUCCAAUCAUUUCAUAAAAUCUAUAUUGAUUUGCCAAAAACUUUUCAUAAAAAUCUCUCCCUGGUCAGGCAUAUUCAUAAAUACCAAUUCAGUAGCAGAUGUCAAGAUGAGGAUCAGGAGGAGGCAUCAAAAUAGUUAACAAGGCAGGAAUAAAGUUUCUCCAUAAUCUAACUGAAUCAGGGGGAGGAAUUGUUAAUGCAGGAAUAUAUGCUAAAAUAUUCUUCACCUUUUUCGAACAUAUCUGUUGUGAAAUUGCUGGUGCCUUGUAUCCAUAUAAAAUACAGUAAAUAAUAAAAGCUAUGGAAUUUAAACAUUAAAAACCUUUAAAUUUAUUUUUGAAUGAAUAGUCAUGUAAAAUAGUUUUUUAAAAAAACGUGUGCAGUGCAAGUCAAAAGAAAGGAAAAGGGCAACUGUGAAGAAAUAAAAAGAUUGUUGAUAGAGUAGAAUAAAAAGAUUGUUGAUAGAGUAGAAUGAAAAGAUUGUUGAUAGAGUAGAAUGAUAUGAUUGUUGAUAGAGUAGAAUGAUUCCAAUGUUAUUUAUUACAAUCGUUUUGAUUGGACAAAAAUAAAGUAAAACGAGAAUUUACAUAUCAAUAAAUCCAAAAACGCUGUGUACAUACGCGCCUGAAAACAAAUAGCAUAGUGCGGGGAAACUAUUCAAUUUUUUGAAAUUGAUAAUACAGGGAGCGAAUUGGAAUUAUAAGAAUCAAACAUUCUUUUUCAAGAAUUUAUCGAUGGAUAUAUUUUACUCACAAACUUAACAUAAAAGUGCUUUGCACUUUUAUUCAGUUUUUGAGUAAAAUGUCCCGAGUUUACACAUCGAUAAAUUCUUUAAAAAGAAUGUUUAAUCCUAUGAUAAAAAGAUUGUUGAUAGAGUAGAAGUAGUGUCGUCUGUUCUGAACCAGACAGAUCUAACUCGACAUCCACUGUGAAUGAGCCCCGUAGGAACAGAGUGAUUCGUAGAAGAAGCAGUUGGUGGAUCUGGUUCACGAAAAUCAUAAGGCAUACAACAAAAUUAUUAAAAAAUGAAACUCGAGAUGUCUUCUUGUUCUGUUUGUGAUAAAAUUGCGUAGUUACAUGUAUGAAAAUCAAAUAAAUCAGAUCUGCAUACAGGUACAUACAGGUAUUACAGGUCUAAUCAUUGAAUAAACCUACCAAAUACUAAAAAAAUGUAAUCAAUAUACGCACAAUAAAAAAUUGAGACAAUAUUUUCCCCCCAGUAAAAUACACCAAUGUUUAAAAUAUAUCUACGCAACAAACAACAAGCAUUUAAUUUUCUUCUUCAUCGAAAACCGAAUGUACAUGUAUCAUUCCUUGCAAGAGUGUUAAAGAGGUUUGAAAUUAUUCAACUGUCACUUUUACUGCUCAACAAAGUGAUUUAAUAUACUUCAUAGUCGCUAAAUUUAUCAAAGUUCACUCUUCCACAAAUGUCCAAUAGCAAGAUUUUUGUCAUGAUAUUCAAAAUGACAUGAAACAAGAUGUCUCGUCCUGAGGAUAUGGCGAGAUUUGGAAUGUUUUACUGUUAUAUCCUGUGUGUGUUAGUCCCCACAGAGAGCUUAUUGUUUCUCUUCACUCUGUGUAAGCCCUGACCAGGUUCUGAUGGUCUGGUGAUUACUGUAACAUUCAUUCUGUCCACUGUCACUUACAUGUUCCCUGGCAUCUGAAGAAUUUGAAAUGAGUAGACAACUGGACUCUCUGAGGCCAGGGUAUAGUGUUGUUAAGGUUUUCGUAUUCAGCCGAUUUCAAUGUCCAGGAAAUUAAUUUGUUAUGUCGUAAAAGAGAAUUUCAUUGCAUUAAACAAAAUUGAGACCUUUGCUGGUUCCUUGUCAUGACUUUGAUAGUUUAGUUACAGUCAUAUGUUGACUUGUAUCGUGUUUUAAAUGGAAUUUGUUUACAGCCAGUACUGGUGUAUUUGUGGAUUCACUGUACAAUUUGUCUCUCGUUUGGUGCAGAUAAACAAUUCAUGUAGUAUUGUUACAGUAUUUUGUGUGAUGCUUUAAAGCCUCGGCAGAGUCUGAUCUGGUAUUGUCUUUCAUUUAAAAUAGCACUGAUGUUUUAAAUUUCCCAGGUCAAAUUAGCAACAAUAGAAGGGGAGGUCAUUUUCUUUUCUUUAAUGAAAAUUAAGUAAUAAUUUUUGGUGCAUCAAUAUUAUAUUGUAGUAUUUAUUUAUUAUAAUCUGCAGUGAUUGUCCUGCAUAAAAGUUUUCGUGCUAAAAAUUGAAUCACAGUACAAUGUAUGAUGUGUACUAAGAAAUUCUGGACCUUUCAUUUUGUCAAUUGGUUCAUUUUGAUAAGACUAGAAGAAAUCAUUGUAAAUAUCAUUAAACAUUUAUCUACCAGGUACAUGUAUUGUAGCGAGACCAAGCAAAAAUUUGAGCUUAUCAUUGCUUCUAAGCUAAUGUUGUUAGUGUGAACAAGCUUAUGUGAUAUCAUUUUUUCAUAUCCCCUUUUCCUUGUUCGAUAUCGUGUAUAUUUUGCUUCAAAGUCUACAUGUAUAUUUAAUGUUUAUGUGUUAUUAUUGUAGCGAAAUUAAACUGGCUGAUACAAAAAACAAA